AUGGCCACCGCUGCUGUCCUCAUCCCCAUCGACACCAUCUCCCAGCACGGCGGCGUCCUUCCGCCUAGCGCCCUCGUCCAGCAUGCCCCGCGCCACGGCCGCAGCAGGGCUGCGAGCAUGAAGGGCAAGAACGGCCGCACCUACAACGUCAUCGAGGGAUCCGAUGUCGCCAUCCGCAAGGCCAUGGCCUACGCCCUCCGUCGCACCGUUACCGAGAGUGAGGCCGAGGAUGAGGAGGAGGAGUCCGACAACCUCGUCCAGGACGCCGAGGGUUGGGUUUCCGUCGCCCAUCUUCUCGAGCAUCCCAAGCUCUCUGAGCUCGGUGCUUCACUAGCCGAUGUCCGCCGCAUUGUCGCGGCCAUGUCUAAAGCUCGCUUUGAACUGAGCCAGGCCUCGACCACCGCCACUGCUGGCUCUUCAGCUCCUCACAGGAUCAGGAUAUUACGAGCGAAACGCAACAGUCUCCAGGCACCCCUCGAGAUCGAGGCCGAGCCGAUCACGUCCGAGACGCCAGACCUGCCAGAGUUUGUCGUCUACGAGACCUCGUAUCAGGCUUAUCCCUUGAUCCUCGCCUCGGGAGCCAUCCAGCGCGCCGCUGGGGCUGUUCAGCUUGCCUUUGUGCCCAUGGUCUCCUCUGAGGAUGCUUCAGAGAACCGUUCCAGCAAGGCAGACAUCAGCAUCUGGGUGAACUUGCAGGAGGCCAUGGCUGCCAACCCUGCAGUCACUUGGCAGCGCACUGUCAGUGGCACCCAGGCCUUCACCACCACGAGCGAGGUGCCCCGCAGCCUGUGGACCAAGGUUGUCGCUCGCCGUCCCGAUGUUGGCGUCCUUUUCGAGAAUGGCGAGGUUCGUGGCGAGGUUCCCGAGGCUCUUCGCCGCAAGGGCACCAAGGGCAGCGCCAAGAAGACCCGUGAGGGUGGCGCGCACAGCAACGAUGAGGAGGACGACUCGACCACAAGCGCCAGCGAGUAG